UUAAACUUUACAAUCCACUUUGCACCAUAGUAACAAAGAAAUGUUUGUAAAACCCGAUCUUUUCUUCAAGGUCCCCGUUACAGUUAUAUGAUCGCUAUUCUCCGUGUACUAUAUUUUCGCUGGGUUCAAUAUAUGGAUUAAUAUUUUUUCAUGACUUGAUAGAAUACCAGGAGAAUGACAAAACGCAUCGUUUCUUUUGGGUGACAUCUGAGUGCAAGGCCUACUUACUGCAUAAUAAAUAAAUACAGACUUUGGAACGAUAAUUUAGUACGAAAUAACGGACAGACAUACGAGGGACGGUAGACUUCCACAGCGUUUAAAGGAACUUAGAUACAGCAGAUACCACUUGGACCGGAGUCUGUAUAAGGCCACUGGUUUCCAAAAACGUUGAAAAAGAAAUUUUGAACUUUGAAGGAUUUGUUCUUACCGCAGUGAUUAAAAAAAAUGGAUAUAUCAAACAAGGAUCCGGCAAAUAUGACUUAUAUUUUUCAAUUUGAAAGAACACAUGACGUGCGAGCGUUUGAUAAUUACAUGUACAAGCACUGGAGUGACUGCUUCGUAUAUUCAGCAAUUUAUUUGGUCGUCAUCUUUAGUGGUCGCUAUGUUAUGGAAAGCAGAGAAAGAUUUGAUCUAAGACCGUACUUAGCAGUUUGGAGUGGACUUUUAGCAGUUUUCAGUAUUUUAGGUGCGCUCCGAACCGUUCCUGAAUUAAUAUGGGCACUUUCGUACCAUGGUUUUGAAUACACGUGCUGCAGCGGUUCUUACUUAGAUCAAGGAAAGGUUUCUGCAUUCUGGACAAUGCUUUUUGCUCUGUCAAAAGUUGUGGAACUAGGAGAUACUGUAUUUAUAAUUUUGAGAAAACAGCAAUUAAUAUUCCUUCAUUGGUAUCAUCAUAUAACAGUGUUGAUGUACGUGUGGUACAGCUUUACUGACAAAAUAGGCUCGGCUAGAUAUUAUCAAGUUAUGAAUUAUACUGUUCAUUCGCUAAUGUACACAUAUUAUACUCUUAGAGCAAUGAAAUUCCGACUUCCGAGAUGGAUAAGCAUAUUAAUAACGUGUUGUCAACUUGCUCAAAUGGCAGUAGGGAUUUUUGUUAUACUCGUAUCUUAUAGUGUUCUAUCUGCAGGAAAAGAAUGUGUCACUAGCUAUACAAACAUAAGAUACAGUCUGACUAUGUAUUUUAGCUAUCUUGUGUUAUUCAUGCAUUUCUUCUAUAAGAAUUAUAUUGUCAAAAGACCAGACAUUCAUGAGAAAAAACUGUAAUAUACAUGAAGUAAAUAAUAUUUUCGGUUCAUGAAGAAUUUUACAUACAACUGUGGUCUUGUUGAAUAGAAAAUAUUGAUAAUGAAUUUGUAAACUUUAAAAUUAGGAGAGAGGCAAUCAUUCUUACUGUGUUAAAUGUUGAAACGUGUAGAGCAAACGGUAGACGGAUUAUUAUAAACUUAUGAAAUGUUUGAUCAAUAACAAAUACUUUCUCUUGAUCCCGUACAGAUGAAUAGUCUGAAUAGUAAUUAUACCAAUAUUUGUACUGUUAAUCGAUCACGCUUCAUAUAUUCACAAUAUCGACGAUUAAUGUACAUGUAGUUUGUAAACUACAGCUAUGCUUAAUUCAAAAUAAAUCAUUCAUAAAUAAAUAAUUUCAGAAUUAUGAUAUUGCUAAAACUCAAAUAUGAUUAUGUAAACUUCAGCAUUUUGAUAUUUUCAAAUACAAAUCGUGUAAACUUCAGACUAUGCUUUAUUCAAAUAUAAAUUAUGUAAAUUUCCGACUGUGAUUUUGCUUUAUUCAAACAUAAGUCAUGUUAACUUCAGCUACAUCUUCAGUCAAACAUGCUGAAUUCAAAUAUACUCCUAGUAAAUUUCAGCUAUAUGCUUCAUUCAAACAUGCUGAACUCAUAUACAAAUUGGGUUAACUUCAGCUAUAUGUCAUUUCUGAAUAAAUCAUGUAAACACCAGAUGUAUGAUGUUUCUUAACUAAAACAUAAAUCAAAUGUAUCUUCAUUCAUCUAUUAUUCUUAUUGUUUGUAAUACCAAAAUACAAUCAUAUAUAUAUAUUUUUUUAUUUAUAGACUUUCUGUGAGUAAACAAGCCGAAGACAUAUAUUUAUAAUUAAUAUACUGCAUUCGAUUUCCAACAGUUUUUGUUGUAUAUUUUCCCAGCAUCGUUUUGAAUUACUUGACUUUAAAUGUACCCAUGCGCCUAAGUGAAGCUCCUUUUCACACGAGAACAUCGUUAUACAAAUGUUUCUAAAUAAGUGUUGCGCAACAGCAACAAUGGAAUGCACUUUUAUUCAUUGAUAAUUACAGCUAAGUAUUUGAUUUAAACAUAAUUGUUUGUCGUUUCACGAAUCAGUUGCAAUAAAAGUAAUAAAUUAAUUGCGCAGAUUGCUAAUUAGUUUACAAUGGUCCUUUGCCUGACUUUGCUAUAUUGUUCUGUUCUCUACCUCAGCCUGUAAUAAUGUAAAUAAUCAAGGUAAAACAAUGUUAUUCAAGUUUGGAGAUACGAAUUCGUCCUAUAUGGUGUGGUAUAAGGUCAAUAAAUGUGUCUUCUAAUCAA